AUGUCGUCCAAUAUCAAGUUUGGAAUCUUGUAUCCUGAAGGCAGAGGAUACCUCCACGUUCGCAGCUUGGGGAAGGGCAUGCAAGGUAUGGCGACUCUCGUGCAGUCUGUUGCUAGCGGAAGCCGGUAUGUAAGAAAGAAGACCGUGGCCGAUGUGUCGACCCUGCCAGGCGAUGCAUGUCCUGAGGUGAGUUUGUACCGCGCACAUCCUCUGAUCCCGCAACUGAUCCGUUCUCAAGAAUAUCCAGCAACUCGGCCGCCGAAUGGACGAACGGUAACGUUGAAGAGCCAUUCAAUGAUCUUUGCAUACUGCAACGGAGGCACACUGACUCGCUUCCUGAACAUCCGAGCCGAGGAUUCCAUAUAUACUCCGUCGACGAUGUUGGUGUGGAAGAUGUUCGACGAUCUCCUAACAUCGGUCUAUUUUCUUCACCAACAAUGCACCCCGGCCAUCACCCACAACGACGCCCACAGCCACAACGUGUUCCUCCACUUCCCGGACGAGCACGCCAAGGUUCCGGACUUCAUGCUCGGCGACCUCGGGCUCGCCAAGACCAUCGACUCCAGAGUGUGGGAAGCAGAGGGGAACCGCGGCCAGCGCAAGCUGAAGAGCAUGCAGUCCGUGCCCGCGGCCUAUCGUGAAUCGUACAAAGUGCAAGUCAGCCGACUAGGACAAGAUCUCAUGAUGGUGCAGAGAAACGUGGGCAUGCUGAUGACCGGGCUGACCCCCUACGACAACCACGAUGCGGACGACAUCAUGCCACAACUGAAAGCGAGCCGACACUGGCCCCGCGAACUCUUCAGCUGCUACGACAAACUCGACGAGAUCAUCACCCCCAUGGCCUACAACUCGUCGCCCGGGCGAUACGAGGAGUUCCCCGAGCUUUGUCGCCUGGUGCGUGAUUUUCGAAGACAGGAGCAGCAACGAGUCGUGAACCGCCAUUUUGGGACGGACUACAGAGGCACCCAACCGGGCAAAUACGAUUGGUCGAGGAUCCCGGGAUUCGUGUCCGCCAUGGAGCCCGAGAUUGCCGUCGAGCACGUCAAUCAGCCCCAGCUGUACGGGUCUCGCCAGGAACUACUGCUCUGUUCACGCGACGUCGCUGGUCCGUGGCGCAUCGCUCAUAUCGAUCCUCGGACCAACGCUGUGCUGGGCGUCGAGAAGCUCGAGUUUGGAUACCAUGACCCUGGGUCGGCGGAGACGUAUGCCUUUGCUGAGCAGCACCUGAUCAAGACCAAGGUCGAGGAGUUUGGAUGGGACAAGAUCGUGGAGACGGCGUGCAAAGUCGAUACUCUCGAGCGUGCUUGGCAGCGUCCGUUUCAGCCGGAUGGACGACAUGAUGAAGUGACUAGACUGUUCGGUCUUGAUCCGAACUGGCGUCGGUGA